AUGGUAGCCACAAAGUACAUUUUCGCCGGCUUUGCCUCCAUUGGACUUGCGAUUGCCGGCGGUGCCGCCGACAUCGAGUCCAGCAUUGGAAAAAUCGAGGAUUCCUGCAGCUCUCUCAGCCAAACUCUGAAGGGUUUCACCAGUGACGGAAAUGUGAUGGGUACCGCCCUGAAGCUCCAGGGAGAAGCCAAAGAUCUUCUCAGCAUCAUCAACGACGGCAAAGACACAGCCAGCAAUGCCGAAAACCUCAGCUCCGCGGACUCCGACAAGCUCGAAGACUCGGUCAACUCACUUUCCAAGUCCGUCUUUACCCUCCUUGACGGCUUUGUCGAGAAGAAACCUGUCUUCCAGAAGGCUGUUCUCGGCGGCUCGGCCGAUGGCCUCGUCGAAAAAGAUCUUCAAGAUCUGAAGGGUGCUACUGAUGGUCUUGGAAAGGCUCUUGAGAAUAUUGUUACCGGUCAGCUUAAGAAGGACGCCCCUCAGAUUCUUAGUGACCUUGACAAGCACUUCGAUGAUGCUAUCAAGGCUUUCUCGGACUAA